AUGGGAAAUGGAUAUAAUCAUCAUAUUCGACACCAGAACAUGCAUUUUAAUCACAAGCUAACUUUCUUGCCCAUCUUUUGUUCCAGACCAUCCGUUAAAGAUGUCAGCCUCCCCAAAUGGCAAGACAAAUCCGAACAUUUGUCUCCCAAGAUCAGUUGCAUCGGACAAGUGAAGCGGAGUAACAGGGUUGUUGGGUGUCCUACUUCUCACAAAUUCAAUAUCACAACCAAGAACGAUAAUGGCAUCAAGUAUUUCAAACUCAAGAAGCUGUUUUCUGGGAAGAAUCUAACCGGCAGCCCUGCCACCGCCACCGCCACCAGUUGCAGAAGAAAGGAGAAUUCGGUUUCAAUCAACAUUGAAAAUUUGGAUCCGCCGUUGCCUGUGACCAAGAGAGCUCCGAAACAAGGUGAAAAAGACGAUGGGGAUACUCUUUGGGAGAGGAGAUCCCGUGGGGUUGCAUUGAAAAACUUGCAACUUCAACAGAUUCAACUCAACAAACAUCAAGUACCGAUGACAGUUUGA